GAAUGUAACACACAAAGAAAAAGACACACAGACACAUUGGUUUCUUAGUUUCAAUCUGAGGAAAUGAAGGUUGCCAUGUUUCUUCACUUGCUCCUUCUCUUGGCCUUGAACACACAGCCACUUCUGGCUGCUGUGCCUGAGCCAGUGGUGGAUAAGCAAGGGAACCCUUUGGUGCCAGGAGUAGGGUACUAUGUAUGGCCACUUUGGGCCGAUGAAGGAGGUCUCACACUAGGGCAAACAAGGAACAAGACAUGCCCUCUUGAUGUUAUCCGUGAUCCUUCUUUCAUUGGGUCACCGGUGGCAUUCUAUGCAGAAGGGCUUGGCCACAUUCCAACUCUCACCGAUCUCACCAUUGAUUUCCCUGUGUUCACAGUCUGCAACCAGCCUACAGUGUGGAGGCUCAGCAAGCAAGGAGCAGGGUUCUGGUUUGUGAGCACAAGAGGGAACCCUGAGGACAUCACAAGCAAGUUCAAGAUUGAGCGGCUCGAAGGGGACCAUGCCUAUGAGAUCUACAGCUUCAAGUUCUGCCCCAGUGUGCCUGGUACACUCUGUGCUCCUGUCGGAACCUUUGAAGAUGUCGAUGGAACCAAAGUCAUGGCUGUCGGGGAUAACAUUGAACCCUACUAUGUCAGGUUCCAGAAGGUUUUCAUGAAUGGCCAAGAGAACAAACCCUCCAGUAUUGUGUAGUUUGUGAGGUGUGUAGUUAUAGGAGUUGUCACUUUGAAUAAUGAAUAAGCCAGACGAAGAAGACUACAGAGAACUGGAUUUUUUGUGUCGGCGGAAAGAAUCAUGGCACUGAUCAGAAACAGUACUUGUUUCUGUUUUAUGAUUUAACACCAAUAUGCAUUUCUUUCUUUCCAAAUUAAGUGAAAUUUAGUUUCUUUGCUCA